GGAGGAGGCUGGGGCUGCGGUGGCGGCAGCUGUGCUGGAGCGGAGCGGGAGCCCACGACGUGCCUUAGCCCGGCCGCAGCUGCAGAACUAGGUGCUAAGCUAGGCAGGGGGAGAGGGGAAACAGCUGCCAACAGCUGCCGGGCGCAGGGUUGGUGUCCCGUCUCACUCCUAGGAAAGACCUCCUCCUUCAGCUCCGAGCAGAUGCCCCCUUAAUCCGGGGAGGAGGAGGAGCAGCAGCCGCCUGGGAAGCCUGAUGAACACACCUGCCCAUGCCACUGGUCUGCUUCACAGAAAGCCGGCUCGCCACCUGCCAGAAACAUUUCCCAGCUUCAGGAGCAGAAGCGAGCCCCCCCAACCCCUCCCUCAUGUUUUCUGAAUCUUGUUAAACUAUGGCUCUCGUCCUCUGCUUACCGCUGCUGCUGGCGCUGCUCCGAGGGCCCGUUUCCGAGGCGCAGGCUGGGCCCCGGACCACCCCGGGAACGCUGGACUUGGGCUACCUCCCUGCUGGCAACUAUGAGACUAACAUACAAGUCGAUUCGGGGCCCAUCGAAAUUUUGUUCCGAGUUGUCCGAGCCUUCCUUUUUGUGGUGCAGCCCAACCCUUUCCCUGAAGACCUCAUCACAAAGACCGUACAACGAAAAUUUGAAUACAUAAAGAGUGAUUAUCAGAAGGUGGUCCACUAUGAGCUCGGCUUUCUCAUCCUGGCCGUCCUGGGAUUGCUGUUUGUGGUGCUGCUGCCCCUCGUGGGGCUGUGCUUCUGCAUGUGCCGCUGCUGCAACAACUGCGGAGGGGAGAUGCACCAGCGACAGAAGAAGAACGGGGACUGUCGCCGGCGGGGCUUCGCCGCUUCGCUCCUGGUGAUUUCCCUGAUAAUGAGUAUUGGUGUUUUUUGUGCCUUUGCCGCAAACCAUCAUCUUACCAUGCAAAUUAAAGGAGUUCAGCCCCUAAUAAAGAGCAAUUUUAAAGACCUGAGAACUCUUCUGACCCAUACUCCAGAGCAAAUUGAUUAUCUAGUGAACCAAUUCAAUAUCCCAAAGAAUCAAGCACUGUUAGAUCUUGACAAUAUUGGACCAUUACUCGGAGGCCGAGUCCAAGAUCAGUUAGGAAAGCAAGUCCUCCCGGCUCUUGAUGCAGUUCUAACUAUGGCAGGAGCGAUCCAGGAAACCCGAGAGUCCCUGGAGAACGUGAACGCCUCCAUAGAGAUCCUCCAGGAGGGCACCCACAGGCUCAGCGCCAACCUCACCCGGGCCAGGGAGAACCUAAACAACACCCUCAACGACGACGCCUGCUCCGAGGCUCGGGCCGCCUCCACCUGCAGCGUCAUCAGGAACUCACUGAACCAGCUGAGCAUCAAUGCCAACUUCAGCCGGCUUCCACCAGUGACCUCACAGCUUGCUAAAGUCAACGAUGUUCUUAGAAUUGAUUUAGCCCAUCUGGUCCAAAAGGGAUAUGCAGCAUUUAAUAAUACGCCUAAAUUGGUGAAGAAUCAAACCGAGAAUAUCAUAGCAGCCCUUCCCUAUAUCAAAAGUACUUUGGAUUCCAUCGGCACAAAUAUCACUGAUGCAAUCAAAGCGCUUCCUAUUCAGAAGAUGAUAAACGAUUUCAAACUUUAUCUUACUCAGACUGAGACAUAUGUUGACACUUACUUCCCUUUAGUGAAACAAUAUGAUUUCUAUCGAUGGUUGUGUGGUAUAAUCGCCUGCUGCUUGUUGAUCCUCAUCCUGGUCUUUUACUUCCUGGGGUUACUAUGUGGAGCCUGCGGUUUUAACAAGCACAAGACCCCCACCACCCGUGGCUGUGUGUCCAACACUGGAGGCAACUUCCUCAUGGCUGGCGUUGGAUUCAGUUUCCUGUUUUCCUGGGCAUUGAUGAGCUUAGUGGUUUCCACCUUUGUUUUGGGUGGAAAUGUAGAAAAAUUGGUCUGUGAGCCCUUUAAAGACAGGACUAUAUUUCAGGUUUUGGAUACUCCUUAUUUACUCAACGCCCAAUGGAAAAACUACCUUCCAGGUGUCCUGUUUAAAAAUGCUGAUGUUAAUCUCACCUUUAAACAAGUUUACAGUGACUGCAAAGAAAAUAAAGGCAUUUAUACCUCUCUGCAGCUUGAUAAAUUCUACAAUAUCAGCAAAUUUCUGGCCAUUAAUCAGUAUACCGAAGAUCUAACAUUUACAUUUGACAGUAUUAAAAUAAACCUUAGCACCAUAGUUUUACUGGAUGAAGUAGGAAAACAGAACCUUCUGAAUUUUAGUUUCUCAGGAAUAGAUGGAAUUGAUUUUGCUGCUUAUUUGACUGAGGUCAAUAAGAGUAUAACAAAAGUGGAUCUUUUGUCCUUUGCCAAUGAAUUGGAAGCAAGAGCAGAACAGUUGCCCAAAGGAGCUUUGGAAAAUGCCCUGAAAGGGCAUGCAAGCAACAUUCGGAUGAUCCAUCAUCAACAUGUGAUCCCUCUGGAGCAAGAAAUGAAAUAUGUUAAAGCCAGGAGCACUUUAAAUCAAAGUAUCAGGCUAUUACAAAAGACAUCAUCCGAGCUUAUGGUUAAAGUGUCUCAAGUCCUUGCCACUGUGGAAAGUGCUCAGCUCCUCAUUAAUAAUAAUGCGUCCUUUAUUAUUAUUGAGGAAACUAAGAAGUUUAUGGGUAUGAUCAUAGACUACUUUGAACAGUAUUUUCAGUGGGUCAAAGAUUCGAUCACCAUGGAUGUGGCAGCCUGCAAACCCCUUGCCAACAUCAUAGAUACUGCUGUUGAAAUGUUUCUGUGCAGCUAUAUCACUAACUCUAUGAAUGCGUUCUGGUUUGGCUUGGGAGGUGCCACCAUAUUUUUAGUUCCUGCUCUCAUUCUUGCCGUAAAGCUAUCCAAACAUUAUCGUCGAAUGGAUUCAGAAGAUGUCUAUGAUGAUGUUGAAACUUUACCCAUGAAAAAUAUGGAAAAUGGUAAUUAUGGUUAUCAUAAAGAUCAUUUAUAUGGUCUUCACAAUCCUGUUAUGACAAGUGCCAUGGAACAGUGGUAGAGGAUAUUGGGAGUGAAUGAGUCUCAAGAUGCCUACAUGGAAGAGAACAUAGCAUUCUACCUAUCUUCUAAUCUACAAGCACCUUUCAAAUCCAGUAUGGUUUUUGAUGACUUACUAGUCACACAGCUUUAAACCAAGGAACCGUAGGACGUCACAUGGGGUGCUAUGAUAUGAGCUAACAGACACGUGUUUCCGGACUAGAGCUCAAUCACCAGCACAUCUUUCAGGUUGACCACUGUUCGAGGCGACUGCUACUGGAUUUCAGAUGUUGUAGGGGGCGGGGGAAGAUGUUAGCUUUUGGUUUUUACUUUUUUACACUGGGUUUCUAUCUCAAAACCACCCAUACCUGUAUAUCGGCUCUGUUUAAUGCUAUUUUUCAGGGAACGACUACCCGUGUGUAAUUGUUCCAUUUGAUUUUGGGAAAUGCAUUAAACUGACAACGUUUACAUUUAAAAUACAUUUUAUAUGCAGUGAUUUUUGUAUAUAAACCUUUUGUUACCACAGUCUUAUAAGUGUUAAAAAAAAAAAACCAAACAAUCUUAGUAUUGAAUAAAUUACUUUCAAAAUGAGAAUAAACCAGCAUGAUCGGUGUUGAUUGUUGGUGCUGUUAAAGAAUCCGUUUUUUUACCAAAGUAUGUGUGUGAAUUCUACAGUAUGUCCUUUUGGGCCCAUAUGCCACCUGUAAGAUAUUUCUUCUACUCGUUAAAUGAUCGUUAAGAUCGUUUUGAAAAGAAUAUACAGAAGAAAAAUCUGAGAAUCAGAUUGAUUCUUCAUAGUAAUUUGAAAAAAAAAUUAAAAUAUAUAGGGUGCUUGGCUUUUUUAGGUCAUUGGAAACUGGGACGGUUUUUAAUAGAUGUCAACUCCAGGAGGAUGUAAAUUCAUCCGAUCUGUGAAUUUGGGAGAAAAAAGACUGAGGCUAUUUCUCUUGGAGGUGGCGCUUCCAGUCUAAUCGAGAUAUUCAGGAUGAUUUGGCCAUCAGAAUAAUUUGUAUGGAUUUCAAAUGACUCUACUAUUAAAAUGAGGCCAUCUGGAAAAUGGUCACAAUUUUCAGACAGACACGAUGCCAGAAGAGUACUAUUUGCCAGACACCCUGUUUUUCUGUUUCUGUGAUAAAUGAUUCUUUGGGAAGAGAUCCUAAAAAUUAGGUGAAAGCUCCUAAUGAUUGUUUGCUGUGAAUUUAUUUUUCUGCUAGAUGACUCAUAUAUCAGGUCAGAAGAGACCUCAUCUCAGAUAUGUAGCACAUGUGUAAAAUUAUUCAAAAUGUCAGGUUUUUUAAAAAGUUGUAUCUUUCACUUGAAAAUGAUGUCCCCCAAUUCAUUCCAAUAAAAAUAAGAUGGCCUACCUGA